UGACAAGUGCUUGAAGGCUAGUGAUUUUCAUUCUGCUUUAGGAGAGGGUUCUUCUUUUGAAGAUUUUAAUUUCUCAGGUUGGAAUUUGAGGAAUCGGGUGGUGAAACAGAAGUCUGUAGGGUCCAGCAAUCUGACUGCUCUAAGGGGGCUUUGUGAGAGGGAAUGCUUGGAUUGCUGAGUGGCUGGAGACCCCGUGCUCCCUGCAGCUCUCCUCCUGCCAGAGCAUGGCAUCUGCAGAUGGGGAUGGUGUUUCUGAAGGGGAAAUGUCACUGUCGAGUUGCUACCAACAUCCCGGAAACGCCGCCUAUAUGAAAAUUACUGUACUGGGGAAAUAACCCAGAUUUUCACCAGACUGAUUUGGCUGUGUUGCCAGGCAACACGGGCUAACAGGGGUUUGUAUGUGUUCUUUAGGUAGGUGUAGACAGUCCUCAUAAGCUCACAAGUAGGCAGAGGCUGACCCACUGCAGCAGGAUGAGGAGUCCAGCCCUGCAUGCUGAACUUUCACUAAGAGAACUGAGAGAAAAAGCAGCUGGAUCAGACCCAGAGCUGACGUAUCCUGUUUGAUUUCUUUUUCCCUCGCGCUCCGACACGCUUUGUGUUUCGGCAGGCUUUUGUUUCUGCAUACAACUUGCUGUAAAAAAUUGGGGAGCGUGUCUAGGGGUGCCGGCGGCGAUGUACUGAGCUCGAUGGGCUGGGUUUCCUGUGAGGGCUUUGUUCCUCCUACCACGCUCAGGUCGGUUGUGCAACAUGCCCCUACGCUUUGAGAAGAAAAAAAAAAAAAAAAAAAAGUGCUGAGUAAUGCCAGAGGUUUCUCAAAUGGCUGAUGCAAACCUGGAGAAUUUGCAUCAUCAUUCAGCUGGAGUAACUUGGUACGACAAGAGCUUAAAUACAGGUCCACGCGGAAGCUGAGCUGGUUCCCAACGAUAGGGCAGUGCCCGUGGGCAGGGUGAGGGUGCAGGUGCUGCGAGCACUGGCAGGCAGCGGGGCAGAGCACAGCUCUACCUGCACGUAGGAGCAACCCCGCCGAUAAGAGGCGGCGGAGGAAGAGGCUGAGAGAGGAGAAAGCUUGUGAACUUUUUGGCUGCGCUCGCUGUCAGCACGCUGGUGACACGGUAGCAUGGUGAGGAAAGCUGCCGUCGUGACGGUGUCUAAUGGGAGCUACUUGCAGGGGCAGCCGAACGGCAGGUUGCCCUCCAUGGACAGCAGGCAGCCACAGGAGAAGGUGGUACUGAAGAAGAAAGUCACGCUGCUGAGGGGGAUCUCCAUCAUCAUUGGCACUAUUAUUGGAGCUGGCAUCUUCAUCUCACCCAAGGGGAUCCUGAAGAACACGGGCAGCGUGGGCAUGUCCUUGAUGGUCUGGACAGCAUGCGGCAUCCUCUCGCUCUUCGGUGCCCUCUGCUAUGCUGAGCUGGGAACAUGCAUUAAGAAAUCUGGUGGUCACUACACGUAUAUCCUGGAGGCCUUUGGCCCGCUGCCUGCUUUUGUGAGAGUCUGGGUGGAACUGCUCGUUAUUCGCCCUGCUGCCACAGCAGUGAUAUCUUUGGCAUUUGGACGCUACAUUUUGGAACCUUUCUUUAUGCAGUGCGAAAUCCCAGAACUUGCAAUUAAACUUAUUACAGCUGUUGGCAUCACGCUAGUGAUGGUCCUGAAUAGCACAAGUGUCAGCUGGAGUGCCCGCAUUCAGAUUUUCCUUACCUUUUGCAAGCUUGUAGCAAUUCUGAUAAUUAUAGUCCCCGGAGUUAUCCAGCUAAUUAAAGGUAUGAAAUGAAAAGUAAAUGCUUUUAAAGUGCUUUUAUCUUUACCCUCCCCAGUCUCCCCCCACCUGCCUCCACCAAAUAAUGCUUAUAGCAGCAAAAUCUCUUAAUUAGUCUCUGCUUGUUCAACUGGAGCUCUGUACUGUCAUGUAAUUGAUUAGAGGUGGAACUACACUGGGAUGAACUGGUAUUUCCUUCUGCAUGCCAAUGAGACUAUUCAGAUAGAGUUGGUUUUCAAGCCAGUGACAGGAUUGCCCUUCUCUGUAAAUUGCAUUCUGUGUGAACUUUGGGAACUGUGCUGGUGCCUGCUUCUCUUCAGCACAGGGGUGUGGUGGUCACAGGGGCUCAGAUUUGGGGAUGUAUGAAAGAAAUGUUAUUGUGGAGGCUGUUCCAAUUGUGGGUGCUAAUCUUUAAUCUAUCAGUAGGAAUGGCUGUGAUGAUUCAUUAUCAGAGAGAAAUGAAUGAUGU